AUGCUUGACAAAGGGACCCGUUACCGAGAUCGACUACGCUCACUGGAUCUAUGGAGCCUUCCCAGUUCUGUCGCGAACUCGGAUGAUGAAGGGGACUCGGCGUCUCAUAAGUUGUCCGACAACGAGGUGGCUGAAGAAGCCCACGACGCAGCACACCAACACGAAACAGAUGAUGUCUCCCUUCAAAGCUGGCCUGUCAAACCUCAAAGUGUGGUCGAGUCUGAUACGGAGCCCCCUAAGCGGAAAUUACCUCGCAUCUCGGAGGAAAUCACGCAUGCACUGAUGAAAGACUUAGACGUGAGAACCCAAUCCGUCGAAGGGCGACUUGAAAAGCACAGUGAGAAUAACGAGCGGCUCCAAAAAACUAUCAAAGCCUUAACCCGCGACAUGAAGACAAUCAAAUCCGCGCUUGCCAUUGUGGAAAAGAAAUUAGAUGGGAGUUGCCCUAGUAUAGGAGAUCCUGUGGGGGAGCGGAAGGUGACUCGCUCUAAGCGCCCCAGCCAGUAA